AUGGCUGGGGAUCUCGAGUCUGGAUUGGACCAGCUGCUUACGAAACGCGAGGGAAAGCCUUGGAAUGCCCUCCUACCAGACGAGCUAUCGUGCUUGAUUAACUCCUUCCUCCCCUCGCAACCAACAUCUCUUCGGCCCAAGGCUUAUAUCGCCCUAUCAGCAAUAUGCACGAAACUCAGGAAGGGAUCGCCACCAGCUGGUGGGCAACAACAAGAGGGUGAUCCUGGUACUGAGGCGAUACGCAAGACAUUUGGUCCAUCUGUCGUUUCCCGACUCUCCGACACUACCGAAACGGAAGUACUCGCAGGCAUGUCCUUCCUCACCGCUCUGUUUGAGGUUGACUGGCAGUCUGCUGCUGCUAUUUUUGCGGAUGACGGAGUACUGGAGUCGGUGACGGAUGCGCUUGAUCUGUUCUCGGGUUCUGCAGACGUCUCGAGGGCCGUGGCGGCUCUCCUCGCGAACGCCAGUGGGCACAAAUCGUGCCGCUCCCUCUUCUCAGAGCAGCAUGUCGAAUGGCUUGCUACGCAAUCACAGCGAACCUCGGAUGACAUUCUGAAAGCUUCAGCUGCCGUUGCGUUAGUCAAGCUGUCGCAAGGUGCAGGGGCAGAAGCGACCCAAGUCGAGAGCAGCGAGAAACUCGAUGUUCCUGCCAGCGAUGAAGAGCUGGCGAGGUUGAUGAAAGGCCUUGUGGUCGAUGGCCAGUCUUCAUCUUUCGCCGAUGCUGUCGAAGGGCUCGCCUACAUGUCCACAAACCCUAAGAUCAAGGAGCUAUUAGCAAAUGACGGACCAUUCCUGUCGCGCUUGUUCUCUCUCGUCCCUCGCCGCAAAGCCGGUACGGCAGGUAGUCAAGCCCCGGAAGACAUUGCUAGGUCGCCUCUGUACGGAGUGGUCGUCAUCAUAUUCAACCUCUGUUCUUACCGACCACGCUUGACCGAUGAACAGGCUCAGAUCGCAAAGUUGCGACGGAUGGCCAAUACGCCAUCGAAGAAUGGGGCGGACGAGGGUAGUCCUCUGGAUGACGAUGAACAUGUCAAGGCACGAGCUCGGAAGCUCGUCAAGCAAGGCGCGCUCGACGCUCUCGUAGCAGCGGUGCGAGCCGCAGACAGUCCCGCCGUCAGGCUCACAGCUGGGAGAACCAUUCUGCAUUUCGUGGAGGACAAGGAGAACCGGGGGAAGAUCCUCCAAGCAGGAGGAUCCAAAGCCCUCAUGCUCAUCAUACAGAGUAUUCUCCCCACCCAGAAGUCUACUACGCAGUCGUCUCAAGCACCGCAUCUGGAGCCAGCCGAAAUUGAGCCUAUCCAGGCCCUCGCCAAGUUGGCCAUCACUUCUGCGCCCGUGCAGGUGUUUGGACCCAACCAGGGUGCGCUCUUCGACGCCAUUCGCCCGCUGACCCUCAUGCUCGUGCACCCGGCGUCGAACCUUCUGCAGCGCUUCGAAGCGCUCAUGGCCCUCACGAACCUGGCGUCCCAAGGCGGCGAGGUUGCGGACAGGGUUGCCAACGCCGACGGGCUGCUCAACAAAGUCGAGCUGCUCAUGCUCGAGGACCAUACCCUCGUCCGGCGCGCUGCGACGGAGCUCAUAUGCAACCUCGUCGGCGGCGGCGAGGAAGUGUACAACAAAUUCGGCGGCGAGAAGACGGCGGCGUCGAAGUCGAAGUUGCAGGUUCUCGUCGCGCUCUGCGACGUGGAGGACUUGCAGACGCGGCUGGCGGCCUCGGGUGCGGUAGCCACGUUGAUGACUUCUCCGGAGGCGUGCCAAAGUUUGUUGGAGCUCCAGCGCGAGCGCAAGCGGGUGCUGCCAGUCCUCGGGAACCUCAUCGACCCUUCUAUCUCUACGGCACUAGAGGAGGCCGACGACGAUGGCGAACGAGACUCGACCACGCCCGAUCCCGGCCUGGUACAUCGCGGAGUCAUUUGCAUCAGGAACCUCUUCCUCUCAGUCCGGGACUCCGUUGCGCGUGCCGAGUUGGCGACGGAGGCGGAACGUGCUGGAGUAGUGCGGGCAUUGGUUGGUGUCGUUCAAGCUUCCUCGACGAACCCUAACGCACCUGCGCUUCGACCAACUGCGGAGGCGUUGAAAUGGCUGCUAGAGAGCGGUAUCCAGAUCACAGUUUGA